GGUGUCACCCCUUCCACUCAUGUUGAAGAGUAAAGAAUAAACAACUCAUACAAAGCUUUCUUUAUCCUCACAACACUCGUGUGUUAAUGUAUAAUGUGGUACCAUUCUCUCACACACACAGCAUAGGGGCGUUUACCCAAGCAGUCAUUUGUCUUUAUCUGACAGCCCGUAGAGCAGAUUUUUGCCCGUUAAAAUCCACCGGAGCGUGCAACUAGACCCCGGCGGCCGGGUAACGCUUCCAGUACCGAGGAGGUCACGGGGAGAUCGCGGUGGGCUGGUAACGGGCUAUAUAGUGCGUGUGUAAAGUCCACAGGAACACGACAUGGCGCUGCACAGAUGUAGAGAGGUCUUGGUUCUUCUCUCCUUGCUGGUUUCUACCCGUGGACUGGAGUUGACCGUCCUGCACACGAACGAUGUCCACUCUCGGAUCGAGGAGGCGGACACUACGGGCGGGGGCUGCUCUGCCGCCGAGGCCGCGGCCGGAGAGUGCUACGGUGGGGUGGCGAGGAUGGCGACCAAGGUUAAGGAGAUACGUCGCACCGAGAACCACGUGUUGCUGCUAGACGGAGGAGACGAGUUCCAGGGAACGCCCUGGUUCCUGCAGUUCAAGGGCCUCGCCUCCUCGCGGUUCAUGAACAAACUGCAAUAUGACGCCAUGGCCAUAGGAAACCACGAGUUCGACAACGGCAUCUCCGGCCUGGUCCCCUUCCUGCGGAACGUGACGUUCCCGAUGCUGGCCUGUAACAUUGACACCUCGGGCGAGCCAGAGCUUCAGGGGCUGAUCCUACCGUCUGUGGUGCUGGACGUAGGCGGGGAGAGGGUCGGCAUAGUCGGGUACAUACUGGAAAACACACCCGAUAUCACCGGAUCCACCGGGAACCUGGUCUUUCUGGACGAGGUGGAUUCGGUGCAAGCGGAGGUGACGAACCUCCAGGGUCAAGGGGUCAACAAGAUCAUCGCGCUGGGGCAUGCUGGGUACUACAAGGACCUGGAGGUGGCGCAGAGGGUGUCGGGAGUUGACCUGGUGGUGGGAGGUCACACUAACACCUUUCUGUACAACGGUGACCCACCAUCUUCCGAGGUGCCUGUGGGACCGUACCCUCGGGUGGUGAGUUCCCAGGUGGACCCAGGGCGCGAGGUGCCCGUGGUGCAGGCCCACGCCUACGGAAAAUACCUCGGGUACCUCCGCCUGGAGUGGGACUCCGCCGGGGACCUCGUGCGCUGGGACGGCAACCCGGUAAUACUGGACAGCUCCGUGCCGAAGGAUCCAGAAAUCCUGGCCGAGGUCGAAGCUCUGAAGGCGCAGAUGAACAACACAUGUCAGGUGAUCGGGCGGACACACGUGCUUCUCAAUGGGGAAUAUGAGACAUGCACCGAGAUGGAGUGUAACAUGGGUAACCUGAUCACUGACGCCAUGGUGCACCAGAACAUCCAGUUCCCGGAUGGACUCUACUGGAGCGACGUUGCCAUGGCAAUAUACAACAGUGACGGCAUCAGAUCAUCAAUACCAAAAGGAAUGAUUGACAUAGAGGCAGUCCAGUUCACCCUUCCCUUCAGUAACACGUUUGACAUCGUGGAGCUUCGCGGAGAACACCUGUAUGACGUGUUCGAGCACUCCGGGGCGGGCUGGUCUUACGGGAGGUUUCUGCAGGUGUCAGGAAUCCUGGUUCAGUACGACCGGACGAAGCCCACAGGCAGCAGGGUUGUGUCCCUGGAGACCAAAUGUACGGACUGUGAAGUUCCCGAGUUCAGACCUGUGCAGAGGGACGCUGUGUACAAGCUGAUCGCGCCCUCCUACCUGGCAAACGGCGGCAGCGGCUACACCAUGAUCUCAGACAACAAGAUCAGCCACCACGUGCCAGCGGAGCUGGACACAGAAGCGCUGAUAGAGUACAUCAGAGCCACGUCACCCAUCACUACCGGCCUGGACCGGCGCAUCACGUUCGGUGAAGGAGCGCCACCUUGCGCUUCCGAAACGCCGCAGUGUCCUUCGUGCCCGUCGGAAACGCCCCCUAGCGGUUCUCGGUUCUGCAACGCCCAUCGGUGCAUCUGA